AUGGGGCUGGACAGACAGAGGGCGGCUGCCCUGGAGAGAGUGAGGGGCUGGGGAGCCCCCGGGCAGAGGACGGGAUUCACCCGGCGCUGGGCGGCUUCGGGAGCUGCUGCUCCUCAGGCUCCCAGGGGUGCUCACCUCCCGCUGCCCCAGCCCGAGCAGGACGAGGAGCUGCCCGUGGAAUGCGAGGAGCCGGCUGGAGAGGGGCAGCGGGGCUGCGAGGGAGCCCCAGCAGCAGCUGAGGAGGAGCCCUGCAGGCUGAUGCUGAGCACAGCCAGCAGCAUCCUGCGGGAAACGGAGAUCCAUGAGCUGGGCCCCCAGCUGCCCCCGCGGCUGACACAGCAGCCCUGGCACCUGCUCUACUCCACCAGGCGGGAUGGAUUCAGCCUGCGGACGCUGUACCGGAGCGGGGCCCGGCCGGACUCCCCGGCCCUGCUGCUCAUCAGGGACACGGAGGCUCAGGCCUUCGGUGCCUUCUCUGCCAGCGCCAUUCGCAGCAGCAGCGGCUUCUACGGCACGGGGGAGACCUUCCUCUUCUCCUUCUGCCCCGAGCUGAAGGUGUUCCGGUGGACGGGCAGGAACAACUUCUUCGUGAAAGGGGAUGUGAAUCUGCUGAUGGUCGGUGGGGGCAGGGGUAGGUUUGGGCUGUGGCUGGACGGGGACCUGCACCACGGUGGCAGCCAGCCCUGCGAGACCUUCGACAACGAGACCCUCUCACACCGGGAGGAAUUCUGUAUCCAGGAUCUGGAAAUGUGGGGUCUGGCCUGACCCAGACAAAGACACCCUAUUGGAAAAGUACUAGAGAGGGGAUGCUUUGGACUGAUGUCUCGAGCACAGCUGUUCUCUGACAGCACCUGCAGAGCCCACAGGAUGUUUCCAGCCUCACCCCCUCUUCCUUUCACCUGUUCCCAAUAAUAUCCCAAUUUCAUGGGGAAAGUCCAGCCGGUGGGGGGAGCGUGAUCGGAAAACUCUGCAGUGGGGUCUCAGGCCUGCAGUGUUGCUGCCAUGGGGUCAGGGAGCCCAGAGUGUGUGCACAGGCCCACAAUGGCAUAGCACAACUAACCCUAAAACUAACCCUAACCCUAGCCCAAAUCCCAACCCUAACCCUAAACCCAACCCCAACCCACGUGGCUGGGAUGAGGCAGAGCUCCCCCAGAGGGAGGGCACCUGUCAGCAGGGCUGCACACAGAGAAGGAAGCUUCAACAGCACUGAUUCUUGUAGGACUGAGCAAGCUCAAGCAGCCUCUGCCCCCGGGGCUGGCUCUGGCAGUGCUGGUAACAGCACAGUCACCAUUCCUCAAUAAACUCCUCCUGGUCUCAUC